UUUUGUCCCGGCUGGAGCCGGAGUCACCUUUGAGCUGCGGCACGGCCAUGUGGGGGGUGGGGGGCCAGGGGGUGCUCCCGGCGCUGCUCCUCCCUCCAGGGCUCUGCGCGGGGUUCAACAUCGACGUGGAGCACCCGCGGGUGUUCCGGGGCCCCCCCGAGUCCCAGUUCGGGUACCGGGUGCUGCAAUGGGGGGGCGACGGCGACAGGGGGCUGCUGGUGGGGGCCCCGUGGGAUGGGGACGGUCAAGGCGACGUCUACAAGUGCGGCGUGGGACCCCAAAACUCCUCCUGCGCCAAGGCCAACCUCGGGGACACAGCGCCGUGGCUCCGCGGCAGCGCCGGACACCUCGGCAUGACCCUGGUGGGCUCCAAGGACGGCGGGUUCGUGGCGUGUGCCCCGCUUUGGUCCCAGGAAUGCGGCACCUCCGUGUUCAGCUCCGGCCGCUGCGUCCGCCUGGACGAGGAGCUGCGGCUCGUGGAGACGGUCGCGCCCACGGCACAGCGCUGCUCCACCUACAUGGACAUCGUCCUGGUGCUGGACGGCUCCAACAGCAUCUACCCCUGGGAGGAGGUGCAGGAAUUCCUCGGGAACAUCCUGGGGCGCUUCUUCAUCGGCCCCGGGCAGACCCAGGUGGGGGUGCUGCAGUACGGGGAGGAGGUGGUGCAGGAGUGGGCGCUGGGGCAGCACCCCACGGCCCAGGCCCUGCUCGAGGCCGCCCGGAACCUGACGCGGCAGGAGGGGAGGGAGACGCGCACGGCCAUGGCCAUCCGGCAGGCCUGCGCCGAGUCCUUCAGCGCCGAGCGGGGCGGGCGCUCGGGGGCUGCGCGGCUGCUGCUGGUGGUGACGGACGGGGAGUCCCACGACGGGGAGGAGCUGCCGGCGGCGCUGGCAGAGUGCGAGAAGCGCAACAUCACCCGCUACGCCAUCGCCGUCCUGGGGCACUACCUGCGGCGGCAGCAGGAUCCCGAGGAUUUCAUCCGGGAGAUCAAGUUCAUCGCCAGCGACCCCGACGAGAAGUACUUCUUCAACGUCACCGACGAGGCCGCCCUCAACGACAUCGUGGACGCGCUGGGAGAUCGGAUCUUCAGCCUCGAAGGCACCCGUGAGGACAACGAGAGCGCCUUCGAGCUGGAGAUGUCCCAGAUCGGCUUCUCCAUCCACCUCCUCGAGGACGGGAUCCUCUUUGGAAUGGUGGGAGCCUACGACUGGGAGGGGGGCGUGCUGGAGGAGAGCCGGCGCGGGCGCAUCAUCCCACCCCGGGAAGCAUUCCAGGGGGAAUUCCCGCUGAAGCUGAAGAACCACGCAGCGUAUCUCGGUUACUCGGUGUCCUCGCUGCGGCUGCCGGGGGGGCAGCGCCUGUUGGUGGCCGGAGCCCCCCGAUUCCAGCACAAAGGAAAAGUCCUCCUCUUCCAGCUGGACCCCGCGGGCACCGUGACGGUGACCCAGACGCUGAUGGGGGAGCAGAUCGGCUCCUACUUCGGCAGCGAGGUGCUGGCCCUGGACCUGGAGGGGGACGGGGCCACCGACCUGCUGCUGGUGGCAGCGCCCACCUACCUGGGGGGCCAGAGCAGGGAGGCGGGGAAGGUCUACCUGUACCGCGUGGGGCAGCGGGAUCCCUGUCCCCAUCCCUGCCCCCACACGAUCCCGCUGUCCCUCAGGUCCCGCCGGAUCGUCCGGGUGUCCGUGGGGGUGUCUGUGGAGCCGGGGGCCAUCAGUGUCACCCGCAGGAACUGCCAGCGCGGCGGCUCCGGCGCCGUCUGCCUCCGCGCCCGGAUCUGCUUCCGUGCCGGGACACGCUCCCGGAGCCCCGGAGACAUGGAUAUCGAUCUCCGGUACAACGUGUCCCUGGAGGAGCGGGUCCCGGGAUCCCGCGCCGCCUUCGACUCGGGCUCCCGUCGGCUGCUCCAGCGCCGGAUCGAGCUCCCGCUGGGAAGGCAGAGCUGCAUCCGCGUCCCCUUCCACGUCCUGGACACCUCGGAUUACCUGCGGCCCCUCGGCCUCACCCUCAGCUGGGCCCUGGACGAGUCCGCGGGGCCGGUGCUGGAUGAGGCGUCUCCCACCUCCCUCCGCAAGCUGAUCCCGUUUUUCAAGGACUGUGGGGAGGACGACGAGUGCGUCGCCGACCUGGUGCUCCGGGCCAGCGCGGACAUCGCCGGCUCCAGGCAGAGCCCCCACGUCCUGCGGAAGGGCCGGAGGCGGAUGCUGGUGCGGGUGGAGCUGGAAAACCAGGAGGAGAACGCCUACAACGCCAGCCUGUGGCUGCGGCUCUCCGGGAAUCUCCACUUCUCCAGCCUCGUGCUCCAGGAUCCCGGAGCUGCCAAAAUCCUGCUCGGAGCAUUCCCGAUCCCAGAGCAUUCCCAGACUCCUGAGGAGACCCCCAGGAUUCCCCCCAACCCGGGGCGAUAA